AUGGAAUGGAAUAUCUCGCGUCUUCUUGGUGAUUCUCAGCGUGAUGAAUCGAUACCACUAGCUCUGAUUAUUCUAAACCAACCACUGUGUCCGUUGAAGACAUUUGAUCGGUUAUGGUCGCGUGCAUCACUCAAACUAUUUGCUGAUGGUGGUUCAAAUCGGGUGUAUGAUGUGCUGGAGAUUGACAAUGUUAGACGAAAGUAUGUUUUUGCCUCUUUGGAGUCGGAUCUCGCACUCAUGACGAACGUUUCAAGAUAUCUACCUGAUGCUAUUGUCGGUGACUUGGACUCGCUACGCCCUGAUGUUAGAGAUUGGUAUGCUGCCGAAGGAGUCAUUGCACAAAAGGUCCAAGAUCAAGAUUCUACCGACUUUCAGAAGUGUCUGGCACUUUACGAAAUAGUGGCUCUCGGAGCUUUAUCCGGACGAUUCGAUCAUGUCAUGCAUGCCAUCAAUGUCUUGCAUCAGUCCCAAGUUGGUCGUCGACUCUACCUGCUUUCAGAUGAAGGUGUUGUGUUUCUGUUGACACCAGGAAAACACGUCAUCAUAUGUGAUCCAAACAUUGAAGGUCCAACUUGUGGAUUGCUACCAAUAGGGAUUGCAGUGGCCAAACUCACUACCACUGGUCUUAAAUGGAAUCUAGAUCCUACAAUGCCAACAUCAUUUGGAGGUCUUGUUAGUACCUCUAACGCGUUUGCUGAUGAGUCUGACGGACAUGAGAAGGUUGUCACGGUUGACACAGAUCAACCUAUUGUUUGGACUUGUGAAGUGAGACUGCCUAGAAGAUAA